AACACAGGUGGUGGUGUGUAACGGUGAGAGCCCAGAAAAGAAAGAACCAACAAAAAGCCCUUUCAACUUUUAGUUUGAAAAUUUAGUAUAAUUUGGGGUUAGGGUUUGCCUUCCGGUUUUCAACUUUGAUUCUGCAUACCAUUUGCAAUUCCGCUCUGCUUUGUUUCUCUCUCCUCCCUCUCCUGCUCGCUGGGUUUUGAACUAUGUAAGAGGGAUCCGGCUUCUGGGAAUUUUUGGUGAUUGAAUUUGACUUCUGUUUAGGGAAUUAGCUCUGUAGAUUCAAAGGAGAUUUGAGGCUUUGCCAAUUCGGUUCAUAGAUCCAAGCCAUUUUCCCUUGUGUUGUUAUUGGGGUUGCCUUGAGACAAUGCGCUAAUUUGAAGGACAAAGGGGUUCCAGACUUCAAGGGCAUGGAAACUUAGUAUUCCAAUGGAGCCACAAGUCACCUUGGACAGUGAAGCAUGCCUCCAUCCUGUGAAUACCCUGAUUAAGGAUGGUGAUUGUGUUGUAACCACGUCCUUUCAAAACCAUGAUGUGCAGCUGCCAGUUCCAAAUGUGGCAAAAAAACAAACACGACAAUGGGCUGCUUGGACACGUCAAGAGGAAGAAAGUUUCUUCACUGCAUUACGGCAAGUUGGCAAGAAUUUCGAGAAAAUCACUUGUCGAGUUCAAAGUAAAAACAAGGAUCAGGUCAGACAUUAUUACUAUCGCCUUGUAAGGCGUAUGAACAAAUUACUGGGUCCCAGCCUCUGUCUUGAUGCGAAAAACUCUAAAGAUACUAAUGCUGCAAUGCUUAGAUGGUGGUCUUUACUCGAAAAGUAUAGCUGUAAAGCCUCAAAGCUUCAUCUGAAGCCUCGAAGGUUCAAGAUAUUUAUAGAGACCUUGGAGAACCAACUCUUGAAAGAUCGGAAGAAGGGUAAACGGAAACAGCCUUCUCAGGGGGAAAACUGUGCUCCCACAAUUCCAACAACUAUCUCGAACCAGGGCAAACCAUCAGGACAUGACGACACUCGUGCAGUUAAAUUGGUGGUUAUGGACAAUGAGAAUAUUAAACAAAUAGGACCUUUGAAAGGACCUUCCGUAAGGCGCAAUGUUAAUGUUGGAAUCAACCGCAGCAUCUGCAAAGGAGACUCAUUUCCACCAAAAACAGUUAGGCAGCGGCGGAGACCAGCAGGUACUGUCUCAACAGCUGCAUACAAGAGAUGGGAGAAGGCUGCAAUUGCUGGUGUUUCAUUGGUUGCUGAUGCUGCCGAGCAUUUAGAGCGGGCGACCACAGAUAAAGAGGUUGAACAUGGCCAAGUGACACUAGGGGAAAAGUGUUUUGAGCCUGUUGAGAAAGACAUUCCAACUCUGCCAACUUCUUCACCAAACUCUUUAGCUGAGAGUAAUACACAAGCUUCUGUUGUUAAACUUAAGCUCCAGUUGUUCCCAAUUGAUGAAGGUACUCGAAGAGCUUUGGAAUUGGAUAAUCAUAAUCCACAUCUGGAGCUCACGUUAACUACUCGGAAGAAGAUAUCAUCGGUUUUGGAUCAUCUCGGUCGCAAGUGGGGAAAUUCAAGUGUAGCUUCUGGAGAUCUAAUGCUUUUCCCUUUCUAUGUCCAAAGGGAAAACCUGGUCGGUUAUCCGAGGUGGACCCAGGACUCUGUUGUUUGUGCGGCAGAUGUAUAUGCAGUGAUUGGAAGCCCCCCUGUUUUCCGCUUAAGGUAUGGUUGGUUUUCCAAUUCCGAGCUUGUGUCAGCCACAUCUCAAGCCCCUUUGAUGUCAUCUGACAUGAUUCAUGACCUUAACAUGAAGAACGUUAAUGAUGCCAAGGAGCAGAGUAGAGACCCAGUGCUAGUAUCCACACCACCCUUUGCUUGUCAGCCUGAGAAACCUGCCGAUCACUGUAAUAAAGAUCAACAAGUCUCAUGGGACAGAAGGGAGACUGCCAAUGGAGCUAUUUGUAGAGAUGAAGGAAAUAAGGAUGACCGGUGGUUAAGAAAUGGUCCUUCAUUGUCAGCGGGGGAGUGGGCUGAUAGCCUAACCAACAUCACCGUUGGGGAUUUACUUGCUGAGGUGUCCCAUGACGUAGUUGCUGGCUGUAGUGAUCCACCCUUGACGGGAAGCUCUCAAUGUCUUCAGCAGGGCCCAUUCAUCUGUGACUCCUUUGAUGCGGCAAUUGCUGCUCAUAUAAAUAGACAUCAAAAUAAAACUAGCUUUCCACCUGAUCUGACAUCCAUUUCAUCUUCCAUUUGGGAUGCUGAAGAAACAUGUGAUGCCUUCUCAUUUCAGAACACCCGCAAAUUGGUCCAGACUCCAUCUGGCGUUGAGUCUCCAGAGGCCUGCAAACAGAUUGGUCGAACAAGUCCAGUGGGCUUCGGGGCUACUAUCCAGGAGUUGCCUGAGGUGGAGGAGCCUAUGGAUGAAACUCCAGUCGAUGAAGGGACUGAGGGUGAAAAUCCUGGCAAUACAGACCCAAUGGAUGAGUGUCUGUCUGAUCCACCUAUUCUGGAAGAUUCAGAGAAGGAUCUCAGCACUCUUACAGAUAUGUAUUGGCCCGACUCUUUAGGACCCUUAGAUUUGGAUAUACCUUCCUCCAGAUACCAUACAGAGGAUUUAAUUUUAAGUGACAGCCUCAGUGGUUUGAACCGAUUGCUCGCCAGCAGUCUGGAUGCACUUCAGAAUUGCUCAUUCUUUGGGUUGGACAAGAAAGAAAUGGCAUCUGCAGUUGAAGCCCAGAAAACUGCUUCGUUUUCAGAUUUCAAAAUAGGAAGUGAGGUUUGAGAUUAUGCCAAAGGGAGAACCCGGGGACAAAACUUCUAGAAAUGGUGGGUUAUAUGAAAGAGCAUGAAUGCUGUUUUUGGAAACUUAUGGCGGAAAUCGCAUCAUAUCGAAAGGGAAUGGGGCUUUUGAGAGAAGCCAAGAGCAUUCUAACGCACCAAUGGAGGCUAUUCCCUUGUUGUACAGAAGACUGAUGCGGAGAAAAACUUGUUUACUGAUUUCUAUUACCAAUUUAUGACUUUGUUGUCACAUAUCUGUAAAUUGUGUUUCAAAAUGCUGCAAGUGUGCAGAAUCAUUUGAAAUCUUCUUCUUCUUUUGGAAAAGGGAAUCAUAAGAAAUCCCACCUCACAUAAUAACUGUCUUUUUAAAUUUUAACAUUGAACUGAAGACACAGAAAUAACUUUAUUAUCUGAGUGUCAGAUUCCGUA